GGAGAGGGAGAGGGAGAGGGAGAGGGAGAGAGCGAGCGGAGAGGGAGAAUUUUAGGGGGGGAGAAGUUUAGAGAGAGACAGGGAGAGAUGUCGGACGAGGUGGUCGUGAACGUCGACAGCUUGGUAGCCAAGGCCGCAGCGGCCCUUGAGGCCGGGAAUGGUGCCGGCGGCGACGGCGGAGUUGGCAGCGGGGCCGCUGCUUCGCUGAUGCUGGCGCCGGAAGGCGGAGUUCCGGAGAUAAAGAUCUUCAUCGAGAGCCCGGGGGCUAGCGCCAGCGGAACCAAGAACGACAGCGUGGUGCAGUGCAAAAUUUGCCAUGACGAAGGGCUGGAAAGCGAGAUGGAAACGCCCUGCGGCUGCGCUGGUACCAUAAAGUUUUCACAUAGGAAGUGCGUCCAGAAAUGGUGUGAUCUCAAAGGAGAUAUUAUUUGCGAAAUUUGCCACCAGGAAUAUCGCCCAAAUUAUUCUGUUGCUCCAGAGAGUGAGACUAACCGCAGAUCAAAUUUGGACUCCAGGCUCAAUAAUGCACGUUUUCUGGCCUUUUCUGCUGGUGCUGAGAAUGAUUUCGUGCCAUCAGACUCUGAGGAUGAGGAAAGUGACCGUGGCGUCAGCUGCUUCAGAUCUGCAGGCUUCGUUGUGAUGGUGCUUCUGUUUAUUCGCCACCUCUUAAUGAUUAUUGUCGACACCGGACUCGUGCAGGACCCAUCAUCAAAGUACUUUAAAAUGUUUGUUGAUUUCGCUGGCUUUCUUUUGCCAGCCUAUGUGCUCCUAAGGUCACUUUGCCUUAUCCAGUGGCGUCGAUGGCGUCGAUGGCAUCGGGUCCGCUACUGAAGCAGGGGAGACGGGAAAUUUCUGAGUGUAUGUGCAUGUUUACUUUUGCUCUAUGCUGGUUUAUCUGCUGUCCUUUGGUUGCUUCGUUUUGUGGUUGGUUGGUUUUGUUGUUGGUUGUCCUGUGGUUGCUUGGUUUCUGUUAUCCACCCUUGUUGAGCUUGUAAAUGCUGCUCUCUUGAUAAAGAGAGAUGGUGUAAAUAAGGAGCAGAUACUGGAACUCCCGUAGUUCAUUGCACCAGUUUAUAUUAUUUCGUAUCAUUUUCCUUGGACCAUGGAA